AUGGCCAUGCAAAUCCCCAUUGACGCGAUUACCUCGCGUUUCGGCGACCGAUUCAACAGCAUCCGCAGCCAGUCAAUGAGCAGCCGCUUCGCCAACUUGCGCCCUGUCUCCGAAUUCCUUGACCUCAAGCGCCUGUCCAAGCCCGCCAAUUUCGGUGAAGUCCAGAGCCGUGUCAACUACAACCUCGGCCACUUCUCCAGCAACUAUGCCGUCGUCUUCGUCAUGCUCAGUGUUUACAGCCUGCUGACCAACUGGUAUCUCAUGUUCACAAUUGUCUUCGUCAGCGCCAGUCUCUGGGGAAUCAGCAAGCUGAAUGGUCGCGACCUGGACCUGGGCUUCCGCCGCUUCAACACCUCCCAGCUGUACACGGCCCUGCUCUGCAUCGCCGUGCCCAUGGGAUUCCUAUCAUCUCCUAUCUCUACCGUCCUGUGGCUUAUUGGUGCCACCGGUGUGACCGUCUUUGGCCACGCCGCGUUGAUGGACAAACCGAUCGAGAAUGCUUUUUCCGAGGAGGCGGUCUAG